AUGACAUCGAAACGCGACCCAGCGACGGCCAGAGAUCGCGACCCAGCGACGGCGAGCGCGGAGCGCGGUUCCUGCACAGUGCCGCCACCUCCGCGCACGCAUCCGACGGACCCGGGGCAUGACGUCUCGCGCGGCGCACCGGUCGGGGCUGGAUGGAGCACGUCGAGCGUGUGCUACUGCAGGGCGCUGCCCAUCGACCCGAAGACGGUGUGCGUGCUCACGAUGGGCAGCGAUGAGGUGGUGGUGGCGGUCUACGACGAGGGCUGCUACUUCCGAGACGUCGGCCAGCUCUACUGUUCGUGCGGCAGCACGUCGUGCACCAUGCCCCCCAAGAUCGUCAGCAAGAUGACCCUCGUGACCGUGCAUAAAAUCGGCGGCGAGCCGACCAAGCCCAAGGACAAGAAGGUGGACGGGUGCACGUGGUCGCAGGGCUCCACGUCGGCAAGCUCAAAAGCGGGGCGUCGGUCUAUGGAGGCCAAGGCCACCGCGGUCGUGAACGUGCCCCGCGAAGGCCAACGGCCCGUCAUGACCUCGCUGGUGGGCCCGUUCGAGGCUGAAGGUGAACUGCAGUAA